AUUAGCUGACUUGGUGAGGUUUAACUUAAUUUGGUAAAAUGUCGGGUAGAAGAACUUUACACUUUGUUUUCAAGAUCGGAGAUCGCAACAAGACCAUUAAGUUCUAUCGAGAUAUUCUUGGAAUGAAGGUUUUGCGGCAUGAAGAAUUUGAAGAGGGCUGUAAAGCAACUUGCAACGGCAGACCGUAUGAUGGGAAGUGGAGCAAGACAAUGAUAGGGUAUGGGGAUGAGGAUAAUCACUUUGUGUGUGAACUUACUUAUAACUAUGGAAUUGGAGAUUAUCCCAUGGGCAAUGACUUUAUGGGUCUAACUAUUGGUAGCUCCACCAUCGUAGAAAACUGCAAAAAGAAUGAUUGGCCAGUAAAUAAAGUAACAGAUUCUUUAUAUGAAACUGAAGCACCUGGUGGGUAUAAGUUUGUGCUGGAGGAUAAACAACAAACUGCAUCAGACCCAGUGCAAAAAGUGACUUUAGCUUCAUCUAACCUAUCUCGAUCGAUCGAAUACUGGACCAAAAUAGCGGGGAUGACAGUGUUUGAACAAUCCGAUAAAGAAGCAACACUUGGUUUCUGUAAAGAACAAGCUAAGGUUGGUCUCCAUGAUAUCGGGUGUGUGGUCGAUCAUAAGAAAGCAUUUGGAAGAGUUGCAAUUGCUUGUCCCAGAGAACAGCUUCCGGCGAUUCAACAAGCAGCCAGGUCAGGUGACCACACAAUUCUAACAGAGCUUGUGAGUCUCGAUACUCCCGGUAAAGCAACAGUUGAAGUUGUGAUUCUCGCUGAUCCUGAUGGACAUGAAAUCUGCUUUGUUGGAGAUGAAGCUUUUCGUCAACUUUCCAAGACCGAUCCUAACGGGGACAAGCUGCUUGAUGAAGCUGUGCAAAAUGACAAAAGUGCUGAAUGGUUCGCAAAACGCAACCGAUCAAAAGCAACAGCCUAAUUUAAAUUUUACUUAAGCUAAAUCAAUGAUGAUUUAAGUUAGAUACAUUCUUUUUAAUUCAAUAUUUAUUAUACAAAUCAACUAGUUUAGAUUUCGAAUAUCUUUGUUCGAGUAAGCUGCACAUUUAUAUGCAAUUUUAUAACAUGGACAAUCUAAACAUUUACUUUUAUAAACAUGUGAGGGUAACUUUAAUAGUAAAAGAAUAUAAAUUACCAAUUGACUUUGCAGGAUUAUUGCUUUAUUUUAUUUCAAGCUUCACUGUCAUAUUUGUGUGUUAAGAUCUUGACAUAAGUUCAAUCGUAUUUUUGUAUUGUUUUGUGUAAAGUUGCAAUAAAGAAGUAAUGUAGAAUAGAAGCGGGAACCUCAUACGAUUUUUCCUUGCUUGAUUUAAAA